AUUCUCAAUUCUCCUAGUCUCUCCCGAGUGAAGCACCCAUGAAAAUCUCUCCUCUGUUUCCUUUCUCUCUCCCUCUCAAAUGCGGACUGAAUAAAAACUAGCUUUUCUAAUGGGCUCUGUCACUUUAAUACCCCCAUUGAACACUUACUGUUUCAUUCCAGACAGCCCCAAGACAAAAUCCAGAGUUUUCCCUGUUUCUUUCUCUUUUAAAUCUCCUUCCAAUUCCAUAAACCCAUCUCCCAAAUGUAAAAACCGAAGCGUUUCGGUUAAUCCCUUAUUGGUUUUAGUCCCGAUUUUGAAAAGCAUCAGAGGCUUGGCCUUUUCGCGUACGCAAAAAUGGGCUUCAAGUUUACACGAUUGCGAUACGGAAUCGGAGGAAAUUUUAGAGCAAUACAACGGGAAUUACUUGCAAAGUGGAGGUUUUGGAGUGGCUUUAUUAAGUGUCACGGCCAGCGCUAGAGUUCGGAUUAGUCCGUUUGUGGCGACAUUGGCGGCGAAUCCCACUUUUGUUUCCGGUUUGUUUGCAUGGUUUAUUGCACAAUCGAUGAAGGUGUUUUUAAAUUUCUUUGUAGAGAGGAAAUGGGAUUUCCGGAUUUUGUUUGCUUCUGGUGGGAUGCCGUCUUCGCAUUCGGCUUUGUGUACUGCUUUGACGACGUCGGUGGCCAUUUGUCAUGGAGUAGCCGACUCGCUGUUUCCUGUUUGUUUGGGGUUUAGUUUGAUUGUUAUGUACGACGCGAUUGGAGUUAGAAGGCAUGCCGGGAUGCAAGCUGCGGUUCUUAAUAUGAUCCUAGAGGACCUAUUUCAAGGGCACCCGAUCAGUCAAAGAAAGCUCAAGGAACUCCUCGGCCACACGCCAUCACAGGUCUUUGCUGGAGCUAUGCUUGGCAUUGUAGUAGCUUGUAUAUGCUGUCAAGGUUGCUUGGUUGCAACCUAGAAAAUGCUUCUGCAGGUAAUUUUUGGUCAUAUCAUAGCGGACAGCGUUUUGGUAUUGUAAACCCUGGCUCAGUUUCUAUGGCUUGAUGAGUCUAUUGUUCUAUAUAAACCUAAAUUG